CUCCUAGCAACGGCUGGAAGCGUUGUUGACAUCCCAGGCAGGCAGCUGUGGCGACGGACUGAGCCCAGAGUCUCGCAGCCUGCGUGAUGGCAUUCCAAUCAGAACAACCAUGGACAACUCGACAACUGUUCAAUACGCAGGUCUUCUUCAUCAACUGACAAUGAAAACCAAGAGCACAGUCCGUGAUAUUGAUCCUCAGAACGACCUAACUUUUCUGAGGAUCAGAUCAAAGAAACAUGAAAUCAUGGUAGCUCCAGAUAAGGAAUAUCUCCUGAUUGUCAUUCAGAAUCCCUGUGAAUAACCCUGCUACGGCCAAGUCUCUCCUGUGACACUCAGUUGAAAACACUUCGACUCUAAUGAUUAGUAGGAUUCUAUUCCAAGCUAACUGAUCUUCUAGACAUUCUUUUCUAUUUUUACACUUACUCUAUUCUACAUGUCUCAUUUAGUCCCUUUUGAAUGUAAAGUUGUGAUUUAGCUAUAUAAUCAAUAAAUUCUGGUAUGUAUG